AUGCGGCGAAUUGCAGCGCUGCGCUGGCGGCCGGCCGCAGCGUCCCUGCGUUACAUCGCCACCGGCGGGCGUGUCACGAACGAGGACCGCCGCUGGUGGCUGCUGCACUUGGAGUGCGCGCCGGACGUGACGCCAGGCACAUUUGUCGCAUGGCUUGACUGCUGCGGCACGCACACAACGAAGAAGCUGAUUGAGCGCAACGUGUGGACAAUCGAGCAGGUGGCCGCGCUAGACUCAGACCAGGUAGAUGAGCUCAAGUACAAGGAAGGAUGCCUUAAGAUGGACGUCGUGUGGGAGCACGCACGCACCGUCAUCACGCCGCUGCGGCAGCGCGAGGUGACCGGCGGUGUAGAGUCGGAGCUGCAGAGUCGCAUUCUCGAGCUCCGCAAGAAGCGCGAGCUUGAGCGGAAGCGGGAGGACCUGUUGAAGGAGCGGGCGAACAUCAACGAGCAGCGCGAUACGACACUGCGGAAGCUGCGUGAGGCCAUCGCCGCAAAGAAGGCCGCUAUGUUGCAAAAGAAGCAAGAGGCGGCGGCGGCAGCAGCAGCAGCGACGGGUGGUGGUGGUGGUGGUGAUGGCGGAGGCAGCAGCAGCAGCGCCACUGAGACGUCCCUGUGA